AUGGGAUCUGUAUUUUUACCUCAUUUACAUACUGGAUGGCAUGUAGAUCAAGCAAUAUUGUCUGAGGAUGAAAGGUUAGUCAUAAUAAGAUUUGGAAAGGACUAUGAUCGGGAAUGUAUGAUCAUGGAUGAGUUGUUGUUUAGUAUUGCAGAAAAAGUCAAGAACUUUGCUGCGAUAUAUCUAUGUGAUAUCGAAGAAGUGCCCGACUUCAAUACCAUGUAUGAAUUAAAUGAUCCAUGUACUAUCAUGUUUUUUUAUCGAAAUAAACAUAUGAUGUGUGAUUUUGGCACGGGAAAUAAUAAUAAACUAAAUUUCUUAAUACGAGAUAAACAGGAGCUAAUUGAUAUAAUAGAGACGAUUUAUAGAGGAGCAAGAAAGGGCAAGGGAUUGGUUGUUAGCCCGAAAGACUACAGUUCAGUUCGAAAGCCUUGA